AUGGAGCUGUCCCAGCUACUCAAUGAGAUCAGGGCAAACUAUGAAAAGCUCCUCACCAGAAAUCAGAUAGAGACCGUGCUCUCAACAAGGAUCCAGUUGGAGGAAGAUCUAAGCAAAAAAAUGGACAAAGAUGAAGAGGCUUUAAAGGCAGCUCAAGCAGAACUCAAGGAAGCCCGACGCCAGUGGCAUCACCUGCAAGUGGAAAUUGAAUCUCUCCAUGCUGUGGAAAGGGGCCUUGAAAACUCCCUACACGCCAGUGAACAACAUUACCAGAUGCAGCUGCAAGACCUAGAGGCAGUGAUUGAAGGACUAGAAAAAGAGCUACAGGAAGUAAGGCGCGGCAUUGAAAAGCAGCUUCAAGAGCAUGAAAUGCUCCUCAACACGAAGAUGAGGCUAGAACAAGAAAUCGCAACUUAUCGCCGCCUCCUAGAAAAGGAAGAAAUCAGAUAUUAUGGUUGCAUCCAAGGUGGGAAAAAAGAACAAAAACCUACCACAAGUAGAGUUGGUUUUGUUUUACCUUCAGCCAUUAUAAAUGAAAUAUCUUUUUCAACAAAAGUCCCACAGAAGUAUGAGAACGAAAAAGUGGAAACAGUGACCAAACAAGCAAUAUUAAAUGGAAAUGUCGUGAAAGAAAGCACUGAAGCUCAUGGCACUAUUCAGACAGAGAAAGUGGAUGAAGUUAUUAAAGAAUGGGAAGGUUCCUUCUUUAAAGAUAACCCUCGAUUAAGGAAAAAAUCUGUUUCUCUUCGAUUCGAUCUUCAUUUAGCAGCCACUGAUGAAGGGUGCUUACAGACUAAGCAGGAUAAUCUACCAGAUAUAGAGGUCAGGCUUAUCAUGAGAAGAUCAUGCAGUAUCCCCUCUAUCAAACCUCCAUCAGCAGCUAAUUAA